GGGCCUGGCUCCUCCCAAACAGGUUCCGAAGCGGAAGUUGAAGAAUGCGGAAGAGCCCCGGUCGAGGUUGGGGCGCCCGCCAGGCCCGCUUCCCGAGCGCAGCGGCGGCAGUCUGACAUUUUAACCCAACGAGUGACGUUGACCAGCGGUCCCUGCUGCCAGCGGAGCGACUUUCAAACACCUGGCUUGACGUUCGUCACAUUGAAAAAUAUGUAGAUCAAGGUAAAAGUGGAACAAGAGAAUUACUUUGGUCCUGGGCACAGAAAAACAAGACCGUCGGUGACCUUUUACAGAUUCUCCAGGAAAUGGGACAUCAUCGAGCUAUCCAUUUAAUUGCAAACCAUGGAGCAGCCUUGAAUCCUCCAGAGCAGAGUCAUCAGGGGGAUGGAUUUCCAGACUUGUUCUCCAAGGAAACAGCCAAUGUCACAGUGGAUAAUGUUCCUAUCUUUGAACAUAAUAAAAAAGGAACAGUGCUUAACUCUUCUAUCAGCUUUCAAAACAUCAUAGAAGGAACCAACAACUUCCACAAAGGUUUCCUCAUCGGAGAAGGGGAGAUUUUCGAGGUAUACAGAGCGGAGAUCCAAAACCAAACCUAUGCCAUUAAGUUGUUUAAACAGGAGAAAACAAUGCAAUGCAAGAAACAAUGGAAGAGGUUUUUAUCUGAGCUUGAAGUUUUACUACUAUUUCAUCAUCCAAACAUCCUGGAGUUGGCCGCAUACUUUACAGAGAGUGAGAAGUUCUGCCUGGUUUAUCCAUUCAUGAGAAACGGAUCACUUUUUGACAGAUUACAGUGCGUAGGGAACACCGCCCCACUCUCUUGGCACAUUCGGAUCAGUGUAUUAAUCGGAACAGCCAAAGCCAUUCAGUACUUGCACAACAUGGUCCCGUGCUCGGUCAUCUGUGGCAGUAUUUCAAGUGCCAACAUACUUUUGGAUGAUCAGUUUCAACCCAAACUCAUGGAUUUCGCCAUGGCACACUUCCGGCCCCACCUCGAGCCUCAGAGUGCCACCAUAAGCAUGAGCAGUGGCAGCAGUAACCAUCUGUGGUACAUGCCGGAAGAGUACAUCAGGCAGGGCAAGUUGUCCACUAAAACAGAUGUCUACAGCUUUGGCAUCGUGAUAAUGGAAGCUCUGACCGGUUGUAAAGUGGUGUUGGACGACCCAAAGCACAUUCAGCUGAGGGAUCUCCUGAUGGAGUUGAUGGAGAAGAGAGGUCUCGAUUCAUGUGUCUCAUUUCUAGAUAAGAAAGUGUUUCCCUGCCCUCGGAAUUUUUCUGCCAAGCUCUUCUCUUUGGCAGGCCAGUGUGCUGCAACACGGGCAAAAUUAAGACCAUCAAUGGAUGAAGUCCUAAAUACUCUCGAAAGCACUCAAGCCAGCUUAUAUUUUGCUGAAGAUCCUCCCACCUCACUCAAGUCUUUCAGGUGUCCUUCUCCUCUGUUCUUGGAUAAUGUGCCAAGUAUUCCAGUGGAAGAUGAUGAAAGACAGAACAGACAGCCUCUGCUUCAUGAUCAACAUUUGAGGAAAGAGAGAAUCGCUCAGAAAAUCCCUUUUGAAUGCAGCCAGUCUGAGGUUACUUAUCUGGGCUUGGACGGGAAGACGGGGAGUAAGAGAAAGGAGGACGCUUGCAAACUGCCCAGUUCUCCUCCUGAAGAACGUUGGCCUCCAAAGCACGCGGCACCAGCCUGGGAUUCAGGGGCCCCCGGUGUAGAUGCGGACCCUUCUGCAGAAGCUGCAGGUCACGCUCACAGGAGCAGGCCAGUGGAGACCAGCUGUUCCAGUGAAUUUGUCUGGAAUGAAUGUGAGCAGAACAAAAAGGAAUCCAUUUUACCAGAAGAUAAAGAAGAUGACAAGUACUACCCAGGCACUUGAGUACAGGUGGCAUCUUGGGAAGACAUUGCCUUCAUAAGUAAUGCCCUGAGGGUGAUCCAUGUGACCUUGGCAAUGAGGAUCAACAACCUGGACGAUCCCAUUCUUCGCUCUCCAACUUGCAAAACAGGGGGCCUUAAAAGUGUGUUUUGUCGGGUAAUUGCCUCAGAUCAAAUCUAGGCUGAAUUAGAGCCAUUCGUGAUUCCUUAAGAUCCUGGGCCCUGACUUCGGACAAACAAAGCAAUCAAAACCUCCCCAACGAGACUGGAUUCUUACGUCCUUCACAGCAUUGAUCUGAGUCCUCAGAGCCUCGUUCUGCUAAGUGUGUUCAGUUGGAUUCCACUGUUGGGUGUAGCUUGCCUGUGAAGUCGUAGGAAAUGUCUAGUUUGUAAAUAUUAAUGGUUGCCCUUUAAAGAAUUGCCUUUCCGUGUACUUUGAUUGACCCGUGGCAUUUCCCUGUUCAUCCCUAUCAAGCUUGCCUGUGUGAAGAUGAGCCAGGCUCACCCUUGGCUAUGAUAUGAUCUCUGCAGAGAGUAGAUUUUUGCCCAAGAUCUAUAGUCUGUAUUUAAACUCUUAGGAUAAUUUAUCACAUAGAAUACAAUUGUUGACUGUUAUAAGUUCUUUUUUAUAAACGUAGGUACCUAUUAUAUCCUAAGUAGGAUGUAUGAAAUUUGAAUCAAGUAAUUUCUGUUUCUGAGAAAAUGGCUGGUCACAAGAGCCUAGGUCUGCUUUUUGAUUCUGUACCUUCCAACUCGAUGCCUUUGCUCCUGCUGUGUCCUGUAUCCCUUCCCUUUUAAAAUCUUACCAAUCCUUCAGGGCCCAGCAGAAUUGCCAUCCUCCCGAGACUUCCCUAAUCUCCAGCCAGAAGUACUCACUUUACCAGCAUUUCCAUAGUAAUAUGUUGUAUUUAUAUUUUAUACUCGUCACUUUCUGAAUGAUACCAAAGUUGCUUGUGCCAUCUCUCUCUCUGACCAGGCUUGUAAGCUGCCUGUAUUAGUUUUCUAUUGUUGCUGUGACGAAUCAUCAUAGACCGAGUGGGCUAAGACAAUGUAGGUUAAUUAUUUUGCAGUUCUGGAGGUCAGAAGUCCGUGGCAUCCCUUCUGGAGGCUUUAGGUGCAGAUUCGUUCCCUCACCUAUUCAGGCUCCUGCCUUCCUUGGCUUCUGGCCUCUUCAUCCUCAAAGCCAGUAGUGUAGCAUCUUUGAAUCUAGAUCUCUCUUUCUCUCUGACUUCUUCUUUAUCACCUAUUUCUCAUACUUUGGCCCUCCUGCCUCUCUCUUAUAAGGAUCCUUGUGAUUGCAUUGGGUCCUCACAGAUAAUCCAGGAAAAUCUCUGCAUCUCCAGAUCCUUAAUUUAAUCACAUCUGCAAUGUCUCUUUUCUUCUGUAAAGUAAUAUAUCCGCAGGUUUCUUAGGACAUGGACAUCACUGGAGACCAUUGCUCUGUCACAUUCCCUGUGUGUGCAAGGGCCAUCUCUUCAAGGCCUAGCAUGUUAUCCUAUACAGAGCAAGUGUUUUCUUAUGAGUCAAGUUGAAUUACAUUAUCUCUGUGAACCCACAUACUCAAAAAUUCAGCUACAGUAAAUGCUGUUGAGUAAAUUAACAAAGUGGGGAUAAUGAUUGUCUUUGUGAUGAUGGAUGGAAAUACUCAAGAAAACCAUUUCCAGAGGAUUUAUAACUGCUCCCUCUUUAGGGCAUGUAUAAUGAAAGGGUAGAUCUCUAGCUUCAGAGGAAUAGACACAUGGCGCACACACGCGCGCGUGCGUAUGUGUGUGUGUGUGUGUGUGUGUGUGUGUGUGUGUGGUUGGUUGGGUUAGGCAUAGAUUAGAGUCCAGAUUCAAGAACAACUAAUCAAAAACAAGAAGUUAUCAGGAAUUAGGGGCAGGUUAGCAGACCAAGGUCAGAAAUGUGGAGCUAUAGUUCUGGGGG